AUGGAGUUCUACCGCUCGUCGGACGAACUGAGCCCGUCGGCGACGAGCGCAAAGAAGGCGUACCGCGCGGCCUCGAACGAUGAUGAUUCGCAUGCUCCUCGCCGCCGCCGCUGCGAACCGUCCUUCGCGACGGCGACGCCAGAGCCGCUCAGCGCGGCGGAGCGAGCACGGCGCAACCUGAACGCGAAACUGGCCAGCCCGCUGGCGGGCCUCAGCCACGCGGCGCUGCGCAGCCGGGGCGAGCGGUACGCGCGCAAGCACCAGAUGGGCGACGAGGACGACGUUCGCGCGUUCGAGCUGGGCGCCGUGCUGGCGCAGCACCCCGAGCGGUUCGAGAGCGUGGACGGCCUGACGCCCGACGAGCUCGACGUGCUGCGCCUCGAGUUCUCGAACAAGUGGUCGCAGCCCAAGCUGCUGUACCUGGUGAUUGUCCUGUGUUCGGUCUCGGCUGCCGUGCAGGGCAUGGGCACGUUUACUCUCCCCCCUGAGCUAGUUAACUAUGAAUCCGUCGUGAACGGCGCCCAGAUCUUCUACAAGGCCCAGUUCGGCAUCAAUGACGACGACUACCGUUCAACUUGGCUGUCGGGACUGACCAACUCGGCGCCGUACCUCUGCUGCGCCCUCGUCGGCUGCUGGCUGACCGUCCCGUUCAACCACAUGUUCGGCCGUCGCGGCACCAUCUUCAUCACCUGCUGCUUCUCCGCCAUAACAUGCUUCUGGCAAGGCUUCGUGGGCUCCUGGUGGCACAUGUUCAUCGCCCGCUUUGCGCUGGGCUUCGGCAUCGGCCCCAAGUCCGCCACCGUGCCCAUCUACGCCGCCGAGACCACUCCACCCGCUAUCCGUGGCGCCUUGGUGAUGCAGUGGCAGAUGUGGACGGCGUUUGGGAUCAUGCUUGGGUAUGCGUCGGAUCUCAUUUUCUUCAAAGUCCCCGACACCCCGCACGUCGUGGGCUUGGGCUGGCGUUUGAUGAUGGGCUCGGCCAUGUUUCCCGCCAUUCUGGUGUGCUGUGUGAUCUUUCUGUGCCCCGAGUCGCCUCGCUGGUACAUCUCCAAGGGUGCGCACUACAAAGCGUAUCGGUCCAUGUGCCGCCUGAGAUUCAAUAAAAUCCAGGCCGCUCGGGAUUUGUUCUACAUGCAUACCUUGCUAGAAGCGGAGUCUAGGAUGAAACUCGGCCAGCCCAAGAUUGUGGAAUUGGUCACCGUUCCGCGGAAUCGCCGCGCAAUGCUUGCUUCUGAAAUUGUCAUGUUUAUGCAACAGUUUUGUGGUGUGAACGUCAUUGCAUACUACUCUUCCGAAGUGUUUCUUGAUGCCGGCUUCUCACAAAUCUCCGCGCUAUCUGCCUCUCUCGGGUUUGGGAUGAUCAACUGGCUCUUUGCAAUACCAGCCAUCUAUACUAUCGACACCUUUGGCCGUCGCAACCUGCUGCUCGUCACAGUUCCCCUGAUGGGCGUAUUUCUCCUUCUAACCGGGUUCUCCUUCUGGAUCCCUGCCGACACUCUGCCCGGCGCCAGAGUCGGCUGCGUUGCACUCGGCAUGUACCUCUUCGGAGUCGUAUACUCACCGGGACAGGGCCCCGUUCCAUUUACGUACUCUGCCGAAGCCUACCCACUCUACGUCCGUGCGUACGGCAUGGCCCUUGCCACCGCUACCACCUGGUUCUUCAACUGGCUGUUGGCAAUUACGUGGCCCAGUCUCCUCCGUGCAUUUUCGCCCCAGGGCGCCUUUGGCUGGUAUGCCGCGUGGAACAUGGUUGGCUUCGUGCUGAUCUUGCUGUUCUUGCCCGAAACAAAGGGAAAGACCCUGGAGGAGUUGGACCAGGUGUUCUCCGUGCCUACGCAUUUGCAUGCGAAAUGGGCUAUAAAGCAUAUCGUGAGCGUUGUUAGAAGACAUUUACUGUGCCAGAGACAUGUAAAGGUUGAAGAGUUUGGUAAGGAGGAUGAUGACGAAGAAGAGGCUAGACGAGGCUUGAGUUUGAGCACUAUGGAUACAAGGACGAUUAAUGCCGAGAUGUAUGAUUGA